CUAAUUGCAAAGAAGCUUCUCCCUUAAUCUCUCUCUCUAAUAAGCUUCUCUCUCUCACAUCAACCCCAUUCCCCAUCAUCUCUUCUCUCCCAUUCCUAGCUAACUAAGCUAUCCCUCUAAUCCUCAUCAAGAUCAUUUCAAAAAGCCCAUUUUUGAUGAUGAUUAGCUAGCUAUCUAUAGAGAUAAGCCCCCAUUUCCAUUCUAAGUUAGUUCUUCCAUUACAUGCACUAAUCACUUUCUUGAUGAAGUCAUAACCUCAGAUAGAUUGGAAGGAUUCUAUUUCUCCCCCUCAGAUCCAAGAAAGAUCCACCCAAAGAAUCCAAGCAAAAAACAAAGGAGAUAUCAGAUCUUUGCCCUAGCUUGCUUGAUUGAUUGAGAGAGAGAGAGAGAAAGAUAGCAAUCCAUCAUCCAUGUACAUGGACUUAACCCUAGGAGGAGCACUGCUGCAGGUAGAAGAAGCCACUGAGGAAGAAGAAGAAGAAGAAGAGGAGGAGCAAGCUCUAGGUCAAGAACCUGCACCGGCUGCGGCGGCGGCGGCGCUGGUGCUAGGUCGUCGCCACGGCGUCGUCGUCGGCGGCGGCGGUGGUGGAGUGGUGGUGGCGGCGGAGCGGGAGCACAUGUUCGACAAGGUGGUGACGCCGAGCGACGUGGGCAAGCUGAACCGGCUGGUGGUGCCGAAGCAGCACGCGGAGAGGUUCUUCCCGGCGGCGGCCGCCGGCACGCAGCUGUGCUUCGAGGACCGCGCCGGGACGCCAUGGCGGUUCCGCUACUCCUACUGGGGGAGCAGCCAGAGCUACGUGAUGACCAAGGGGUGGAGCCGCUUCGUCCGCGCCGCCCGCCUCUCCGCCGGCGACACCGUCUCCUUCUCCCGCGCCGCCGACGGCCGCUACUUCAUCGACUACCGCCACUGCCACCGCCACGGCGGCCGCGACAUCAGCUUCGCCUCCGCCGCCACCGCCAUGCCGGCGGCGGCGUGGCCGCUCUUCGGCCGGGUGCAAACGGCGGCGCCGGUCAGCUACGGCGGCGGCCAUGGGAGUGCGGCCGCAGCAACGAUGUUCUUGGACACGGUGGCGCCCGUCGCCGCCGCCGGCGGCCACCGCGGCGAGGUGGGGCCCUCCGGACAGAGGAGCUUCAGGCUCUUCGGCGUCAAUGUCGAGUGCGGCGGCGACGUCGACGCGGCGGCGGAAGAGGAGGAUGCCGACGACGACGUCGACGACGGUGAUCAUCGCCGAGGUGAAGAAAUGGAGCUUGUGAUGUGGACGAACCAUAGGUAGAGUUAAUUUGCAAAAAUCUAGCUAUAAUCACACAGCUGAUUAAUUACUUGCUUUCAUGAGUAUACUUUAGAUCUGAUUAAUUCCAAUUUGUUAUGAUCGAUAAUGAUGAUUCUAAUUGCACCAAUUAAUUGAUGAUUAGUUCCUUGUUCUUGUUUUUUUGGUUCUUAAACUUGUCUCUCUUGGGUUGAGCUAAUAUCCAGGUAGUGUGAUCAUUUGAAUAUGACCCAAGAGUUUUGUUUAUUUGUUUGGUAGAAUAACAGUAGAUCUGGCUUUGAGAUUCGAUGAAGUGGUCAUGUGUGUUCCAAAUCACGGUCAAUUGCAGUAGUUUUUUGGGUGAUGCUUGAUUCUUCUUAAUUUUAUGCCCAUUUGUUCACUCUCAAUUUAAUUUUAUGCAAAUUAAUUAUAUGUUUAUAGCCACCAAUAUUAAGCAUGCAUGUGAAUUGUGAAUUGAGAAUGAUCAGUUUCUUCAUGACUUUUAUGCAUAUGCCAUGCUGUGCUCCAUGCAUGCAUGUUGCAUAUAUAUCAAAAGGUAAGUCUACAACUUGCUGCGUGUGUUUUUAGACUUUCCACUCCAUUUCGUCGUCGUGUCUGUCCUUUAUAAGUUAAAUUUGCUUUUUCUUCCGAUUCUGUGAGAUUUAUAUGUACGAUAGUUUAAUUAUCCCCUAUAUGUAGAUUAUAUAUUGGGUGUGUGUGUGUGUGUGUGUGUGUGUAUUGUUUGGAUGUAGAGGUUGAUCAUCUUAUCCUAUUUUCUAAAAAAAUCUCCAGAUUAUUACAUGCAUAUGCACAAAAUUUGUAUAUGAAAAUACCCCAUGGACUACUUAUAUAUACGUGUGGUAUACAAUGUAUAUACAUAUAGCUAAUUAAUUAACGUAUAUAUAAUUGUAUACUUGGAUAUAUAUAUAUAUCCAUCUAGCUAAUUAAGAAUACGUACGUGUGGUAGCUCGAUAUAUAUAUAUGCUCUUAUAAGCUGUAUAUACAGGAGGAGCUGGAUUUGAUCACUACAUAUAUAUGCUUUCGAUCAGGCUGCUUUAAUUCAGUAAUGAGUUAAUUCAAUUCACGUACUUAUAAAUUAAAUGAGAAACGAUGGAGUUAACAUAGUAACAAUAUAAUGCAUUAGAAGCAAACUUAAUUAGUUCUUUGGAAUGAAACAAUGAUCUAUAUGCAUCUGACCGAAUAAGCAAGGAAAACGAAAUAUGCAUGCAUGCGUGGUUCCAUUAUUUGAAUGAAAGAAACAUUUUUUUUAUUUCUACCAGGGCUAAAGCCACGUACGGUUUCUAUCUGUAAUCUGUUUAAUUUCUAGUAUAUAUCUGUCUCUUUUAUUAAUUUUAUGCUAGUAUUAUUUA